GUGCGGACGUUGCUGUCCCGGUUGCCAUGGCAUCCAAACAGUUACUUCCGGCCUAGUGGACCAAUCAGAGUCACCCGUGGGAACCGGAAACCGCACAUUUAAAAGUCUGCGUGGACUCUGUUGAGAAAGUGAUGAAGAGGCUUCAAACGAUCUUCGGUCAGCGUAUUGGAGCACGGCCAAGGAUAAUAGUACCCACUCAGAAACAUCUGGCCACUAGGUUCUGGACCCCAAGAGUGUGCCUUCUCUUCUUCUUUACUGCCCAGUAUCCGGGUACAGACCACCAGAAUCCUCUGACAGCGCAGACAACGCAUAUCAUCAUCAUCAACGGCAGCCUCUGAAGACACACCGUGGGAAUAACUGGACCAGACCCUGCAGUCUCCACGCCAGCAUCUUGGACUGGUCCCGUGCAGCUCUGCAGUGUGUGAGCGCCUGAGCGUGUGCUUGUGUGCGCGCGCCCCUGCCUGAUAGGGCCCCCACCACAUUGUGUGUGUGUGCGUGAGGAGGCUAAUGCCCGCUGUCGUGUGGCCAGGGCCAGCGGAGGAUGAGUCCGGCUGUGGAGGCUCAGGCCCGGGAGGCCAUAGAUGCAGAGAAAAAGCAAAAGCAGCAGCAGCAGCAGAAUCAGCUGCAGCAGAAGCAGUGCUACAUGGAUAAAGGGGUGAUGCUGGAGCCCUUUGUGCACCAGGUGGGGGGACACUCUUGCGUGCUGCGCUUCGGAGAGCAGACUAUCUGCAAGCCCCUCAUCCCCCGCGAGCAUCAGUUCUACAAGAGUCUGCCUGCUGCAAUGAGAACGUUCACUCCUCAGUACCGAGGUGUGGUAUCGGUGAGCUUUGAGGAGGAUGAAGAAGGGAACCUUUGCCUCAUCGCCUAUCCCCUCCACAGCGACCCGGCGGCCGGCGUGGAGAACAUGGACCCCUCCGCUGACUGCGAGGCCAAGAACAAGAUGCUCCAGUGGGGGACGGUGGUGGCGUCCUCGCUGCUCGUGGACACCGAGAACAGCCGAGGCCGCCACUGUCGCAAGGACAAGGACAAGAGUGCUCACAAGCUGCCGGAUGACGUGGAGCUGGAGUGGCGGCACCAGGCUGAGGUGCUCCACUACAGGCUGGAGCGUAGUCAUAGUAGCGCCGUGCCGCAGCUCAAACACAACCCUUGGAGUCUAAAAUGUCACCAGCAGCACCUGCAGAGGAUGAAGGAGAAUGCCAAGCACCGCAACCAUUUUGUAGAAUUCAUCCUGCUGGAGAACCUGACGUGGCGUCACACGGUGCCCUGCGUGUUGGACUUGAAGAUGGGCACGCGGCAACACGGAGACGACGCCACGGAGGAGAAGAAGGCCAUGCACAUGCGCAAGUGUGAGCAGAGCACAUCGGCCUCGCUGGGAGUCCGCCUGUGUGGGAUGCAGGUGUACCAGUCGGACACAGGCCAGCUCAUGUUCAUGAACAAGUACCACGGGCGCAAGCUCACGCUGUCGGGCUUCAAAGAGGCUUUGUACCAGUUUUUCCACAGCGGACAGCAUCUACGGCACGAGCUCCUCUCCCCGGUGCUGCGCAGGCUGAGGGACAUGCAGGCCGCCCUGGAAGCCUGCGAGUCCUACCGCUUCUACUCCAGCUCUCUGCUCAUCAUCUACGACGGCGCCCCCCACCGGAAGCACGCGCGCCGCUGCACCGAGGACGGGCUCUCCGAAGAGGAGGAGGACGAGGACGAGGACGAGGACAAGGAGGUGGAGAUCGAACCGGAGAUGGAGGAGGAGGAGGAGGAGAUGGGUGAAGUUGCAGGCGCCCUGGGCUUCCCUCACAGCUCCUCCAUGUCCAGCGACAUCAGCAGCAGCAGCAGCGGUAGCAGCGGCGGGAGCUCGGGCGUGCGCCCGGCUCAGCUGACCCGUCCGGACCCCCGCAGCCCCCUGGUGGACGUGCGGAUGAUUGACUUUGCUCACACCACCUGCAGACAUUACCGGGAGGACAGUGUGGUUCACGAGGGCCAGGACAGCGACUACAUCUUCGGUCUCCAGAACCUGAUCACCAUCAUCUCGGAGCUGGAGAACCAAAGCUCAGACUAAAGACUGAACUGACGCACACACACAUUCACAGAAGCACAAUAAGAAAGAAAAGUGGAGGACCGGACUGCAGGAGAGGGGGAAGACGUUUCGCUCUCCUCUUCAAAAUAAAACCAUGGUGCAGCCCUGUUUAUUGGAGCUCCUUCCUCUUUCUGCCAUUGGUGCUUGUCAGUGUUGCCGUUGUGUGUGUCCAUCAUCCAGAUAUGAAACAGACCUGCAAAUAACACAAAGGAAACAUCUACUGUAUGUGACUGAUGCAUCGAUUUACCCACUGUCAUCAUUCUGUUUUAACCCAGUUCACAGAUAGUAAAAAGGGCAGGCAGCAGUUUGAAGUGUGAGGCGGUAGAAAUGUUUCCGUUGUGUCUGAUUCCAAAGAAGGUGUUACCACUAUACGCACACGAAGGAGUGUGUUCACGGACUGAGACAGGGCUAUCAGAGAGAGCAGUUUGUGCACGAGGACGGAUGGGAGGGAUGGUAGUGCCUGUUUGUUCUGCCAUCCUUUUCCUGCUCAUCUUCACUGAAAGAGAAUAUAUUCAUAUAUGUAUCAGAGAUAUAGUUUAUUUAUUUGACAUGUUUCAUAAAAUAAACUAAAAGUUCAAAAAAGAAUGUAUAUGGAGAGCAUUACAUUCCAUGUUAAUGUUACAAUAAUGAUAUGAACUAAUAUUGUUAUUGUUUGGAUACCUCUACCUUGUAUUUUUGUGUUGUCCACAGUUUGUUGGGAAGGAAAUUAAAGACGGGUUUAUGCUA